UUGCUGCUAUGCGUUUGUUAAUUGAUCGUUGUUAGCUUAUCGUUUUGUGGGCUUGGCUGAUUGCAAAUCAAUGUGCAAAAAUGUCAUAAAAACAAAGGAGACUUUGUUGAAAUUUCGAGGGAAUCUUUGUCCUAAGGAAAAUUGGCUUAAGUUCAGCCCACCCAAGUUCAAAUCCUGGGUUCGUCCGUGCAUGCAAUUAAUGUAUUUCUCGUCUUCUUCUUCUCACUGUGAAUGUUGACACUGCAUCUAUGCUUUGUGCAGGCCUGUAAUGGCGGCCCUAGGUUCAGAUUUAACUUAAUCAUAAUUUGUUUCGAAUUUGGUGGGAGUGAAAUUUUAGGACAAAACAAUGUCAUCGCCAGACAUUGCAGGAAUACUGGACAAGUCAAAAGAGCUCGAUCAAUUAAGGAAAGAGCAAGAAGAGGUGCUCACCGAGAUAAACAAGAUGCAUAAGAAGCUCCAAGCCACUCCUGAAGUGGUUGAGAAGCCUGGGGAUAAUGCGUUGGCGAAGCUGAAGGCUUUAUAUGUUCAUGCCAAAGAGCUCUCUGAAAAUGAAAUGAAUGUUUCAAAUUUGUUGUUGAGUCAACUUGAUGCUCUGUUGCCUUCUGGACCUCCAGGGCAGCCACGGAGAAGGAUGGAAGGUAAUGAGCAGAAAAGGAAGAGAAUGAAGAAUGAUUCAGAUAUUUCGAGGAUGUCCCCCUCCGUGCGAAGUCAACUCGAGCUUUUUGCUAGUCUAAAAGGUGAACAGGUGGCGGCUAGGGUCAUGGUCACUACUGAAGAUGCUGAAAAGGAAGAGUGGCUUGUUGUAAAAGUUUUGCAUUUUGACAAGGAAACAAGAGAACUUGAAGUACUAGAUGAGGAGCCAGGUGAUGAUGAAGAAGGUGGUGGUCAAAGAAAGUACAAGUUGCCUAUGACAGCAAUUAUCCCUUUCCCCAAGAGAACUGAUCCUUCCAGUGCCCAAGAUUUCCCUACUGGAAGACACGUUUUGGCAGUAUAUCCAGGAACAACUGCACUAUAUAAGGCAACUGUGGUGAACGGUCAUCGCAAGAGGAAGACAGAUGAGUAUUUGCUGGAAUUUGACGACGACGAGGAAGAUGGAGCCUUGCCUCAGAGGGUAGUGCCCUUCCAUAAGGUGGUUGCCCUGCCAGAUGGACAUCGCCAGUGAUUCUUUCUUGCCGUUUAUAGAAUAACUUUAUGUAUAAAUUAAAUUAAUUGGUGUGUAUUUUUACCCUCACCACCCCCAUCCGCACCCCCACAGUAUCUGUAACCACACGUUUAUGAGCUCUUCUUAGGGCAUGUUUACGUAUCAUUAAUGGGUAUGAGAGGAAAGGGAAUGAUUUCCGUUCCUGAUUUUCUUUGCGUUUACUUGCAA